UAUCAAGUCAACCAUUCAAAGAAGACGUAGCUUGAUAAGAUAAGAUAAUAAAGUAGACUUUAACCAGGUAAAGAUAUCAUACACGAAUCAUUUUAUACUUCCCAGUUUCGUUAACCGUACACAGUCGUCAUAAUGCCACCUUAUAGAUGGGUCCAACCAAGUCCACAUCGUUCAUUUCCUGACAUGGCUGUACGCGGUGGUCGUGACCAAGAUGGCAGUCCAAUAUUCGUUGGCAGAGCAUUUCACGAAGGGGAUAUGAUACCUGCCAAAGUUAUUCCAGAUAAAUGUGUCGCUUAUGUCGCCUAUAACGGAGAAGAGCAUGCGAAAGAUGAUUAUGAGAUUUUAUGUUACGGUGAUUUUGCCUGGGAAUUCUCAAGUAAUGGUUCAAUUCCACCAGGCGCUUUGGUGGCUGGACAAACAAGUGAGGGUGAACCAUUAUUCGUAGGACGGGUACUUCAUAAUGGUUCACAGACGAUUGGCAAGAUCCAGGCCAGUCAUGGAUGUCUUUAUAUUCCAUUCGACGGCGAGGAACUCUCCUUCACAGACUACGAGGUGCUCGUCGCUCAUUACGUUAUAACUAUGGCAGGUGAGUGUCGAACAAUUGAUUUUAAUCGAUACUUUAAUUUUGUUUCACUAAGAAUUUAUACCUUAUUUUUUGCAUUGGGGAUUCCUAUAAUUUCCAAAAUUUAUUACAUCGAAUUGCAAUUUUACCAAAAUUCCAAACAGAUGAUUUCUCAAAUUAGUAGUUUUUUUUUUUUAAGAAUCUGGAUUAUUGUACAUUCAGGUAGUCCAUUCGCAGCACCUAGUCAAAUAGCAGUCCAUCAUCAAAUCAUUGAAAAUAAAGAUAUUCAAUUUGGUUGGACUAGAUUUUUUCGUUCAAGUCGCCCUUUUGACUACAUACAUAAGACAGAAUUCAAAUGCCAUGGGAUCCAUUACUUAUUUAACUUCAGAUAUCACAGCAAAAUAUUCGAACUCAAGUGGGUACAUGGAAGAUCAUUAUACAUACCGGACGGUGCAGUACGAGGUGGAACUGACAUUGACGGUACUGAAAUUUUUGUUGGCCGAGCAAAUCAUGAGGGUGAAAUGAUUCCAGCCAAGGUCAUCCCCUCUAAGGACGUUGCAUAUGUCUGUUGGGGUGGCGACGAGCAUGCAAAACGCGACUACGAGAUUUUAUGCCAAAAAGUAUUUCGUUGGAUACCUUCGAACGACGGUCAUAUUCCUGAGAAUGCAGUAAGUACUGGCUACACCCCCGAUGGAGAACCCCUCUACGUAGGUCGGACGUUUCACGAAGGAAGUCUCACUGUUGGCAAGGUACAAUCGAGCCACAGCUGCCUGUACAUUCCAUUCGAUGGUAAAGAAGUGUCGUACAACGAAUACGAAGUUUUGAUUCUUGACUAAGAAUAAAAAUAACACAAUUCUAAAUAACAAUCGUAUUAAUCAAAUUUGUAACGAAAAAUAAAUAAUCACUGAAAUUUAUAUGAAAA